GUGUGUGUGUGUGUGUGUUCAGUGACAAUGAUUGAAUGGGUAGAUUUCCAAAUACCUUAGAACAGCCCAAUGAGAACAAUGAGAGUAAAUGAGAUCACUUCCUGAACUGACAAGGGCAAUAAAAAACGAAAGUCAAAGAGAGAAACAAGUGCACAUGGUGAAUGAGACUGACGGGAGAGCAGCGCACACACACCAAUCAGCAUGAGUCAGUGGAAGCAGAUUCAGCAGCUGGAGAUCAGACUCCUGGAACAUGUGGAUUAUCUGUAUGAUGACAAUUUCCCCAUGGACAUCAGGCAGGGUCUGGCCAGCUGGAUCGAGUCUCAGGAUUGGGACACAGCAGCUAACGAUGAGUCAAUGGCGGCGGUGCAGUUCAACAAUCUGUUGUCCCAGUUGGAGAGGGUGCGCUCGCAGGAGCAGAACUUCCUACAAAGACACAACAUGAAAAUCAUACAGCAACAGCUACAGGUGAAAUACACGACCAAUCCCGCCGUCAUGGCCAGAGUUAUCUCCACCUGCCUCAGGGAAGAGCGGCGUAUCCUCUCCAGCGCCUGCAUGCAGGAGCAGGGUCCUCUGGAGAAAUCUCUGCAGAACUCAGUGGCCUUCGAGAGGCAGAAGAACAUGGACAACAGAGUCGGGAUCAUCAGAGGCAGCGUGCAGUUGAUGGACCAGGCCGUGAAAUACAUCGAAGACAUGCAGGACGACUUUGAUUUUCGCUACAAGACCCUACAGUCUCGAGAUCCGGCAGAGAGGAACUCUGAACUGAUGAAACAGGAAGUAACAAGACUACAGGAAAUACUCAACAGGCUCGACUUUAAAAGGAAGGAGAUCCUGUCAAAGAUGGACGUCGUGAUCAAGGAGAUUGACGACCUGAUGACCUCUCAGCUCAACCCCGAGCUGCAGGACUGGAAGCGCAGGCAGCAGAUCGCCGCCAUCGGUGGUCCGCUGCUCACCGGCCUGGAACAGCUGCAGAGUUGGUUCACUCUGACGGCUCAGAGUCUCUUCCAGAUCAAACGCCAGCUGGACAAACUGGGGGAACUUGUUUUGAAGGUCACCUACGAGAGCGACCCGAUCCCCCUGCAAAAACCUCAGAUGGAGGACCGAGUUAAAUAUCUCAUCUAUCACCUCAUCAAGAGCUCAUUUGUGGUGGAGAAGCAGCCAUGUAUGCCCACACAUCCACAGAAACCCCUCAUCAUCAAGACCGGAGUACAGUUCACCACCAAAGUCAGACUCCUGGUUAAACUUCCUGAAGUGGAUUAUCAGCUGAAAGUGAAAACAACAUUUGACAAGGACCUCCCCCCCGGCAGAGUAAGUCGGCAGUUUUUCAUCCUGACAAACAACACUAAAGUUAUGGACAUUGAGGAUUAUUCCAACGGCUGCCUCUCAGUGGAGUUCAGACACUUGCAGCUGAAAGAGAAGAAAUACAUCAACGGCACGAAGGGGAAUGAGGGUCUUCUCUCCGUGACAGAAGAACUUCACUCUCUCAGUUUCGAGGCCUGUUUCACGGUGCAGGGCCUCGCCAUCGAUCUGGAGACGUGUUCUCUUCCGCUGGUGGUCAUUUCCAAUGUGAGCCAGCUGCCUGGAGGCUGGGCCUCCGUCAUGUGGUACAACCUCCUGACUGAUGAGCCCAGGAACUUGGCGUUCUUCGGGAACCCUCCUCGGGCCAGCUGGAGCCAGCUCUCCGAGGUCCUCAGCUGGCAGUUCUCCACCUUCGCUGGUCGAGGCCUCAACAAGGAGCAGCUCACCAUGCUGGGAGAAAAGCUUCUCGGUCAACACGCCUCCUGUAGUGACUGUCAUGUGUCCUGGUCUAAGUUCUCUAAAGAGAAUAUUGCAGGAAAGCCCUUCAGUUUCUGGAUGUGGUUGGACUCCAUCCUGGAGCUCAUCAAGAAGCACCUGCUGCCCGUCUGGAACGAGAACUACAUCAUGGGUUUUGUGAGUAAAGAGAUGGAGCGCACUCUGCUGAAGGACAGAGAGCCGGGAACCUUCCUCUUACGCUUCAGCGAGAGUCACCUCGGAGGAAUCACCUUCACCUGGGUGGAGCACAAAGACAACGGAGAUGUGAAGUUCAACUCUGUGGAGCCUUACACUAAAAGCCGGCUGAGCGCUCUGCCGUUUGCCGACAUCAUACGAGACUACAAAGUGAUCUCGGACGGGGUCGUCCCCGAGAACCCGCUCAAGUUCCUCUAUCCAGACAUCCCCAAAGACGAGGCCUUCGGACGGCUCUACAACAGUCAGCCCAGCAAAGUCCAUCCAUACAUCCCGUCUACCCUGAUCCCCAUCUCCGAACUGCGCUCUAACACAAGCACCACACCGCCUCCUUGUCAGUCUCCUGAGCCUCCAAUGACCCCCGGAGAGUUCGACAUGCUCAACGAGCAGCUGUGCUUCGACAUUGAAACCGUAGGUUUUCAUGCAUUGGCAUUUAAAAGACUUCUGCAAUGUUUUGUAUUUUUCUUACUGUAAAUAAAUUCUAUGAAAAGACUCAAACCAACAAGGAAUUGAUUCUAAUAACUAGAAAUGUUUGUGCAUCCAAAGCCUGAUACCUGUACAUCUUAUCCUUCUGUCCAAAAACUACUAAAAACACAUCAAUGAGCCACAUCGCUUGUUCCCUUAUUACCAAGAACACACACACACACACUGUAGUUUGGGUCAAUCCCACACACACCCUUUAUAUCUACAUAGGAAGAGGGUCCCCUUCAGUACAGCUACGGUAGCCCAGAACAGACAAACUAAACUCUUGAGAGGGCGUUUUGUGUUUUUGGCAAGUUUCAUCGCCCCCGUAGGUUCUCCUACGUGCUUGGAAGGGGAGGGUGAGGUGUUUAUUAUAGGUCCCGCUGCUUUUCUUGGCAAGACACGCCCUGCUAGCCCGCUAUUUCAAUGUUCACACCAUCCACCAGCACUGGUCACUCUCGCUUCAGCUCCCAGCACUACAUCGCAUCGGGCUGCCUUGCGAUUGUGUUUAGUUUUGGAUGGUGCAAACCUCCAAAAACAUCCCGAAAUUGCAUUUCAAACAGCAGACAUCGGCAACAUAUCUAUCCGUCCUGCAUGUGGCGGUGCGGUUCUUCAGUGCAGCAGCAGCAGUCUCUGAAAACAAGGACGAGGAAGAAAGAAAACUUCAGAGCCCCAUAUCAGUAUUUUCCAAGCUACACAUAAUCCAGCCUCUACGCUUGACUCAAACUCAUAGUCCUUCAGAAUUAACAUUUCCCUUCAGUCAACACCAGACACACACUGAACAUACAGUUAGAUAGAGCAGCAAGACAGCGGCGCAGGCAUGAAUCCUAGUGCUUGAAUGCUACACACUGGCGAGUCUUGCCAAGAAAAGCAGUGGGAUCCAUAAAAAAGCGAGGACGAGGGUUGUUUGCAAUCUACAAUCUCACCACUAGAUGCCACUAAAUCUUACACAUUGCUCCUUUAAAUAAUUUACUGCUAAACACAAGGUGAAGAUUAUUAACUUCUACUAAACCAGGACAAAUGUUUCCAGAAAAGUCUGCUGCUAAUGUCGUUCUUCUCUUUGUCUUCCAGAUGAGUUCUCCAUAUUCAGAAUAAAGCGAGAUGAAACGCGCCACAUUUUUGAUCAAAGGUUUCUUGAAUCCUUCCGUGUUUUCGCACCAACGCGACGCCAAACCUAAAAACAUCCGUCCAUCCAUCAGCUGUACCGGGGCUGCAGCCAAUCACAGGAGACGCUGGACAAGAGGCGGGCGACAACCUUAAAUCGAUGUUUUCAUUUUUCCGAUUAUGAAACAGAAAAAAAACUGUGUGAAAAGAGGUUUUUGUUAAGUUCAUUGCUUCUGCUGUUGUUCCUUAUUUUUCAUAUAUUCAUAAUGGGGUAAUACUUUAUUUUACAGCUGUCUAAAUGUUACAGUAAUUUCCUGAGU